AUGCCCAUCGAGCUGCAAUGGACGCCCGUCAACUUCCUCGCCGCGGGCUUCGGCCUGGUCUUUAUCCUCUUUGGCUCCGUCUCGUACCUCGUCAAGGAGCGCCUCUUCCUCGGUGAGGCCCCCAUCGCCGUCCUGGUCGGCAUCGCCCUCGGCCCCUAUGGCCUCGCCGGCUUCACCGACUGGUUCCCCAGGGAUGGCAUGCACGACAAGAUCGGCCUCGCAAUGAGCCGCAUCAUCAUUGGCAUCCAGCUCGCCAUGGUCGGCAUACAGGUCCAGCUGCACUACCGCAGCCUCGCGGUGCUCCUCGUCCCCGUCAUGACGCUCAUGUGGCUCGCCACCACGCUGUGCAUCUACCUCGCCCUGCCCGACCUGCCCCUGCUGGCCGCCCUCGUCGUCGGCGUGGGUCCUUCGCCCACCGACCCCGUCCUCUCGGCCGCCCUGGUCCAGGGCGCCUUUGCCGACCAGCACGUCAGCCCGCGCAUCCGCAACCUCGUCAGCGCCGAGAGCGGCGCAAACGACGGCUUCGCCUACCCCUUGCUCUACCUCGCCGUCAACCUGCUCAAGUACACCACGACCUCCGAAGCCCUCAAGGCGUGGCUGCUCGAGACGUGCCUCUACACCGUCGCCGGCUCCGUGGCCUACGGCUGCCUCGUCGGCUACGCCUGCCGCAAGCUCCUCGAGUUCUCGACGCGCAAGGACUGGAUCGACAAGGAGAGCUUCCUCCUCUACGGCGCCGCCAUGGCCGUCUUCCUCGUCGGCUCCGGCGGCCUCUUCGAGUUCGACGACCUCCUCGCCGCCUUUGUCGCGGGCAACGCCCUCAGCUGGAACGACUUCUACCGCGAGCAGUGCGACGAGAGCGAGGUCGACAAUUGCCUCGACCUCGUGCUCAACAUGGUCUUUUUCGCCUUCCUCGGCGCCACGAUCCCCUGGGACGCCUUCAACGCGCCCGAGUACGGCAUCACGCCCGCCAGGCUCGUCGUCAUGUGCAUCGCCGUCCUCGUCCUUCGCCGCCUGCCCGCCAUGCUCGCCCUCUGGCGCCUCGUCCCGACUAUCCACGACGUCUCCGAGGCCGCCUUUGUCGGCUACUUUGCGCCCAUCGGCGCCGGCGCAUUCUUCUACAUGGAGCACACCAUCCAGGAGCUCAGCGAAGACGGCGACGACUACGCGACCCGCAGGAUCCUCGAGGUGGUGAAACCAGUGACGUACGCUCUGAUCCUCUCGUCGCUCAUCGGCCACACCUUCUGCAUCCCGCUGGUCAAGCUGUACUUUGACUACCGCGGAAUCGGCACCAUCAAGCUCGACGGCGACUCUUCGUCUCUGCGCGGCUCCGAAUCCGGUUCCUCGUCGGCCUACGACGAGGAGGAGGCAGGGGAGGAGGUACCUGGCCGAGAUGAGGAGACGGCCGUCGUCGACGACGACGACGACGGCGACGAUGGGCAGGGAUCGUUUCAGCAGAGUACAUCGCACCGUCCUCGAUCCGAGAGCGCCACGACUACCUCGGACGCGGCGCGGGGCCAGGGAGCGUACAGGAGCGACGGGACGUGGGAUCAACAUGCCUCGUGGCGCCACUCGAGCGGACACAAGGUCGGACACGUCCAUCACCGUCGCCGUCGUGACGAGAGCAGGAGCAAGAGACCGGAUCAGCCUGCUGCAGCGACGACGACGACGGCGGCGGCGGCGGCGAGGGCGACGAGCGGAAGCUCGGACGAUAGGGCCGUCGAGGUGCAGAGACAGGAGGAAGGUAGGGCCGGCAUGUAA